CAAUCACAAACACAAACACAUCAAAUUCCCCUGAUUCUUUCUGUUCUCUCAUCUCUUUCAGCUCAUCCAAACCAUGAUUCCUACAUGGAGGGGGCGGAGAUCCGGUGGCGGCCGCCGUGCUAGUGCCAGCGAAACCCAGCAACCUGAACUGGAAGUAACUAUCCCUACCCACUUCAGGUGUCCAAUUUCACUAGACCUCAUGAAGGACCCUGUCACAUUAUCCACCGGAAUCACUUACGACAGGGAAAGCAUUGAGCCAUGGAUCGAAGCCGGCAAUUACAGUUGCCCAGUCACAAAUCGAGCCUUGAUGAACGUUGAACAGAUCCCAAAUCAUGCCAUAAGGAGGAUGAUACAGGAUUGGUGUGUCAAGAAUCGAUCUUUUGGUAUCGAAAGGAUUCCAACUCCUCGAGUUCCAGUAACCCCAAUUGAGGUUAUGGAGAUUCUUUCUGAAAUCAUGGAUGCCACAAGGCGUGAGGAUCAAUCCAAGUGCAAGAAUUUUGUGUCAAAGAUCAAGAGUAAGGGGAAGGAGAGCGAUCGAAACAAGAAGUGUCUUAAGGCUAAUGGCGCCGGAAGGACUUUGGUGGCGAUUUUCAAUACUUUCGCUGCAAUUUCGGUGGAGAUAUACUCAGAAUUGUUGGAGGAGAUCUUGUCAACACUAACCUUAAUGUUUCCACUUGACGCAGAAACCGCUUCUUUGUUGGGUACACCGGAAUCUUUAAACUGCUUGGUAAGGUUCCUGAAAUCCGGCGAUCUUUCUACGAGGAGAAACGCGGUUUUAGCCAUUAAAGAGAUUCUUUGUUUGGAUGAAGAAAAGGUUGAUGCCUUGGCAAGGAUUGAAGGAGCUAAAGAAGCUGUAGUUAAGCUAAUCAAAGAACCCGUCUGCCCUGCUUCAACUAAAGCUUCUUUGAUGGUUGUUUACUAUUUGGUUUCAUCUUUCAAUUCAAGAGAUGAAAUCAGAUCAGAAUUUGCAGAUAUGGGUUUGGUAGAUUUAUUACUUGAGAUCCUUGUUGACUCAGAGAGGAGUCUGUGUGAGAAGGCUUUGGGUGUUCUAAAUGGGAUUUUCUACAGUGAGGAAGCAAGAGAGAAGGCUUAUGGUAAUGCUUUAACCAUACCAAUUAUAGUUAAGAAGCUUCUGAGAGUAUCAGACAUUGCGACGGAGUUCUCGGUUUCGAUUAUUUGGAAGCUCUGCAAGUUUGAGAAGAGGAGUGAUGGAGGUGUUCUUGUUGAGGCUCAAGUGGGUGCCUUUCAGAAGCUUUUGUUGCUCUUACAGGUUGGUUGUGGUCAUGAGACAACAAAGGAGAAGGCAACUGAGCUGUUGAAAUUGUUGAACCUUAAUAGAGACAAGUGUGAGUGUAUUGACUCAAUGGAUUUUAAGGGGAUCAAGAGAUCAUUUUGAUUUGAAAGAAUCAUGGAUAUCAAGUAUGAAUCAGUACAGAUUUCAAAUUAAUGUACAAAAAUACUGAUGAGUAUACCAUUUUUUAUAUUGGUGCAAAAAAUUUAUAUAUUUGAUUCUGAGGAGGAACAAAAAUAAAAGAUUUAUCCCUAUAUAUGUUUGGUCUACCUAUUUGGAGCUUUUGAAGGUUUGUGGUGUCUUAAAGCUAUGUCUUUAAGAGUCUCAGCUUGUUGAGAAUUAGUUGCAACAUCAAUAAGGAUUUGGGUUUCUAUUUC